AUGGGUAACGAGGUAAUCCAGAUAACCACUGCUACUUCGGGGGGCUUGGGUGACGAUGAAGUUGAAACUGCUUUCUUUCUUUCUUUCCUUCGUCUCGGGUCAUGGGUGACGAUUAAAUUGGAACUGCUUUCUCUCUCUCUCUCUCUCUCUCUCUCUCUCUCUCAUCUGUUCUUGCUUUCUUCUUUUCUUUUUCUACAAGCGUCUGGUCACGGAACUUGGGUGACGGAUAACUCGGAGCUGUCUUCUAUCUCUCUGUUGUCCCGAUGUCGCGGCAUUCCGCCCGUACGUCCAGGCCCAGAUCUGGACAAGACUCUUGUAUUUUUCGCAAACACGUCCAUCCGGCCCGAAGGCCGGGACAAGACUAACUUUUUUGUUUCACUAUUCGUUUCUUUUUUUUUUUCUUCUCAUGUGGGUAAUUUUAAAUUUCUAUUCUACGUAAUCUAUCUAUCUAUCUAUCUAUCUAUCUAUCUAUCUAUCUAUAGUUUAUUCUUUAUUUUUAACAGAUUGUUUCUCUCGUUCUCUUUUUUCAAUCACUAUUUUCAUAAUUUCUUUGAACUUCUCUUUCUCUUAUUUUCCCUUUUUUUCUAA